GACCUCUUACAUCCUCUCACCUUAGCAAUGAGUGGUCGGAUGAAGGAACACUAGGAUGCUUCCCUCAAAUCGGUCAUGAGACUAUCUUUCGAGAACGGUUUUUCUAGACCACGCAUAUGCGUAUGAUGCAACUGCCUAUCUUUCCCUUCACAAUCUCUAAUGCGGAGAUUCAUUCAUUAUGCCAAGUGCCUCAUCCCUCGUUUUCCUUUGAAGCGAGACAGACAUUGCGAUGUGGCUGAACAGCAGAUCCCGGUUUGCCCGAGACGGGAGCUAAGGAAAUGAAACUAUGGCCUCAUCCACCUACUCUUCAGCUAUGUAUUCUGUACAUAUCUGUGCAUUACUAUUCACGUCGUUCAUCUGCAGUGUAUUUGCAGUGAACUAUCAGCUUUCAGAUAACCACGUGGGGUCGGAUUUUCUAUCCUCUUUCGUCCAUGAAGCUAUAGCCGACCCUACACAUGGCCGAGUUACAUAUGUCGAUCAAGCAACUGCCGUUGCUCAGAACCUCACCUUCGCUUCAGGCGACACACUGAUCAUAGCGUCCGAAUCCGCAGUGUCAAGGCAUACUAUACGGUCUGAUAUUCGUCAUAUGCCUCAGGGUUGCGGUACCUGGUCAGCCGCAUGGGAAGUCGGGGACGAUUGGCCUAAUUUGGGUGAGGCUGAUAUUAGCGAGCUCGAAGGCGUCAACGAUCAGUUUCCAAAUACAAUGAUCCUGCACACCAGUGCGAACAGCAAUAUGCCUGCCCCCGAUGACGAAACCGUCACGCCUACAGGAAACAACUGUAAUGUUAACACAAGCGGCAACACAGGGUGUGGCGUACAAGCACCGACUGCUGACAGUUACGGCCCGGCGUUCAAUGCAAUUGGCGGGGGUUGGUACGCUAUGGAGAGAACAACAACGUUCAUCAAGUCGCUCUCUAAAGUCACGACGUUGGGCACACCCACCACUUUCUUCCCUAACUCCCAAUGUGACAUCAACUCACAUUUCGGGCCCAACGAGAUCGUUAUUAACCUGACAUUCUUUGAGUGAAGAUUGGGCUGGUCAUUCGAGCGUAUUCAACGGUGCCGGAUGCCCUGGUGACUGCAUCACCUUCGUGGACGAGAAUCCAAGCGCAUUCGUUAACGCUUUCUGGAACAUUGCUGCUGGCCGCGUCUACACAUAAUAAGCAAAGCCCGAUUUUUUCCGUUACUUCGUUUCUCUGGCAGAGAAUAUUCUGGUUAUGUUGAUAUUAUGGAGAUACAUCCUCCGUCGCUUAUGAAAACAACUGUGGAAGUAUUUUGUCCAUCCA